UGAGACGAAGUGGAUCAUACUCUGCUGCUGCAAGCUCAACAUGCGAUCCCAAUCGCCUCCCACUCCCCACCGCGCGUCGCCGCCUCUUCGCUCUCAUCAAAGAGGCGGAGCAAGCGCGACCUCUUCACCUAAAUGUCCUCCCUAAAAGCCUGAUUCCGUCGAUCCCAUCCGCCCUUCCUCCUCGAUCGCGCUCCGCCACUAGAAUACAAGAUCUGGCGCGGAGCAGCGGGAACCCUCGCUCUCCGUACAUGGCGGCGACCGCCUUCCUACUCCCUCUCCUCCUAUCCUUCCCGCUCGCCUCCUCCGCCGACGCCGGAGCCGAUACCGUCGCCCUCCUAGACCGCCAGGAGUCCCAGCUCCAGCGCCUCGAAACCUUAGUCGAGUCCCUCUCUGAGACCGUCUCAGCCCUCCAGUCCUCCCUCUCCGCCUGCCUCUCCGCGCGAUCUGACCGUUCUUCCGAUAUACCCAUGGAUCUGGAGACCAUCAUCCCCGUCCUCUCAACGCCGCAGGCGGCGUCCGCGGCCGUGGCGGAAGGCGCCGCCCGGUCCUCCGCAGUUUCCGUCACUAAGCACAAGACCUCCUGGUCGGAGAGGUUCCUGUUCGCCGCGGCGGUGCGAUUGGAGGCCUCCGCCGCUGUCGCCACCGUGCUCCCGUAUGAGGAGCUCGAUGGCCUCGGCAAAUACUUCGCUGUCGGAGACACUCACGGCCGGGUCUACGUGUUCUCCUCCACAGGCGACGUCGUCAUCGAGCUGCCCUCUCUGUCCGACUCCCCCGUGACGUCGAUGCUCUCCUACCUUUCCUCCCGUCGCAACGAGAGCCUCCUCUUCUCCGGCCACGCCGACGGCUCCAUCACGGCCCACCGCCUCCACGAGUCUGCCGCCAGCGGCGAUGAUUGGCUCACUCUCUCGGUUGGCAGCUCGAAGCCCUUCAUCCGUGGGUCGCGCGAGUUGGACUCGCCGCCGGUCUCCCGCCUGGAGGUCCAUCAGGUGGGGCGGGUCCGCUACGUCCUGGCAUCGGACGGCGGCGGGAGGAUCCGAGUGUUCACGGAGAAUGGCACCCUGUACGGCACGGCCAUUGCUUCGGGUCCGCCAUUGGCUUUCAUGAAGCAAAGGCUUCUCUUCCUCACCGAGACAGGCGCCGGGUCACUGGACCUCAAGUCCAUGGCGGUGAGGGAGACCGAGUGCGAGGGGCUGAAUGGCUCGGUCGCCAAAGCCUACUCCUUUGACUUGUCGGAGCGGCUGAAGGCCUAUGGCUUGACUGCUGGAGGUGACCUGAUCCACGUCGUGCUUCUUGGGGAUGUGGCCAACCUCAAGUGCCGGGUUCGGUCGGUAAGGAAGUCAGAGAUCGACGGACCCGCAGCGAUCCGAACCAUCAAAGGGUAUCUCCUCGUAGCAAGCUACGACAAGUUCUUCGUGUACAACAUCUCCUCUCAGUUCCCGGGCAGGGUCGGGGCACCUCGUCCUCUGUUCUCAGCUGCCAUCCAUGAGAUGCAGUCCCAGUUCUUGAAUUCGGAUGCCAGUGCUGAUGGGCCAUUGGGAGCAAAGCCUAUGCUAGCAGCGGACCGUGGAAAGCUUGUGGUUCUGGGGCUUGGCAAUGGUUACAUUGGGAUUUAUCGGUCGAAUUUUCCAGCUUUCGGGUUGCACGCUAACACUGUGGUGUGGAGUGGUCCUGCUCUUCUGCUACUUUUGUUUUUGAUUGGGAUAUUAUGGCAGUUCUAUGUGAAGAAGAAGGACUCCUUGGGGUGGACAACAGAGGAGUCUUUCAAUGCUGAGGAUGCUUCUUCUUCUUCGAGUAGUCUUUUGGGCUCUGGAGCUGCUGACAGAGCUUAUGUUGAUGGUGUGAGAGCUGGUGAUCUUAGGGAAUCAAGAGGAGCGGCAUUACGAGGUCCACCUCGAAGAUAUGUGUCUCCUUCUCGUCACCCUGGAGGCUCAGGGAUGCCAUUUAGGUCUGGUUGUGCAGAUCCUGGUUUUAGGGGGGCAGGGGAGCUGAAAUUUAGAGGGCAGAGUAUGGAACCUGCAGGUUUUGCAAAGAGAAGAGAAGCAUUGUUUCCGAACAGCCAAGUUGCAGAUGACCAAAUCGAUUGAGAAUUUACUCGAUCGGACCAGUGCCCCUUUAGAAAUGGUGCCCAUUUGAUCAUGUUUGUCAUGCUCACUGCUUAUGAUACUGAUGAUUCUUACCAUUUGGUGAUUUGUAUCACUCUUCAGACACCGAGCGGUAUGAUUGAGUCAUUGCUCUCUUUCAAUGUUUUGGCAGCUAUAUGUAUAACUUUGCUUAUGAUACUAAGCUCCAGAUGUAACUGUCUGGCUGGAAAUUUCUGUAGUUUAGGGUUUAUAAUAGCUUGCACUUCACUGGCUUUAGGCGCCAGAACUUGACCAACAAUUUCCAACAUAAUCUUGUGGGUAUCAUCUCUCAGGAGAUUGUGUUGUGCAUCACUCUCUUAGUUUCAAUUAUAUCUUUGUCAA